AUGUCAAUAUCGAAGUCGGCCAUUCUCCCCAACUACGAUCCCAAGAUUCAUGAGGGUCUUCAACUUACUUCGCCCUACGACCCCAAGAUAUCUGAGGCCCUGCAACCCGUCAUACAAGAGCCCAAGUAUUCGACAGACAAUAACUGGCACGAGGCUCCCCAAGUCAUCCUCCACGAUGAACCAAAAUUUCUUGCAGAAGAUUCCGCUAUUAGCCCGGCGUCGCCUUUUACUCCGACAACUCCCGCCCCAACUUACCGCACAUAUCCAAUGAACCGUGGAAGCGAAGACCAGAUAUCCUUGACAAGAGCACCUACCGCCGACUUACAAACAAUCGAUCUUGAAAAGAACAAGACAAAGAACAAGAAGCAAAGGCGAAUCUGCGGCUGCACACGAACCGUUUUCUGGCUUUCUCUUGCACUGGGUGUUGCCAUUUCCGUCGCAGCUUCUCUUGCCGGCGGUCUGCUCCCCGUGAGCAACAAGAAGGGCGAUUCGGCGAAUCAAUGA